AUGGUGCCAGUCAAUAAUGAAAUCACAAGUACUAACACACUUAACAAUGAUAAAGAUACUAAAAAACAAUACAGUAGUAAUCAAUUAAAUUUACAAGACUUUUCAAAACAGAACUUAAGUAUUGAAGACUAUGCGAACGUAUUUCAACAACAAAGAAAGGCACUCGAAGUGAGAAUGAAAGAAAUUGAAGAUACUUUAAAACCAAAAUUGCAACAGGUGAAAACUACACAUGGUAUAAAUCAUCGGAUCAAAAGACAUGCCCAAGACGGCAUAUAUACAGCGAAAGAUGUUGCUGCAUUAGAAGUGAUAGUUGAUUUAAUGCAACACUCACCAUACCUUGCACCAGUUCGACCAACUUCAUCAUCUUACCUAAGCAACAACAAAAGUGGAAUUUUCAAAAGUAAUUCUAAUAGCAACACUAAUGCCAUACAAAUUCAUAUAGAUAUACCGUACCUGGGAUAUUUUAAAAGGUCUGCUGAUGAGCCCAUUAAAAUUAGAAGAGUAUUUGUGGCCAAAAUGUCAUCACCAGUAGAUAUGGAAUACAAAGUGCAAUCUUUCCAAAUUGAUAAUCCAGAAAACAGUAUUACAACAGAUGUUAUACCUCAAACAUUAGUGCCAUACGAUGUCUUAAUAAGAAGCACACAACCUGCUGCUGGAGUGUUAUUUCUAUUGGAUCCAAAUAAUCCACGAUCAAUUAUACCAAUUAAAUCUUUAAAGAACAUAAUUGUAAGGCAGUCAAAUGAACAGGGAAAUAGUUCUGAUUCUCCAGGUAUAAGUGUAACCCAAAAAAUGGAGAAAACGACGUCUGUUAAAAAUAUGGGAAGAGUGACUUUGAGUAAGGACUUUAUUGUAUCGUUAAAUGAAGAGUUGAUUAAACUUUACGAUAAAGUUAAUAAGGCCAAUAAUAGUAGUUUUGUGGAACAUAACAUUAAAUGUAGAGAUACAAAUAAAGCAGAGGGUCAAAAAAUAUCAGCACAUGUAGCCAAGCGGUGUGAUCGUCAUAAAAUUUGGGCAAAAAUAAAAAAAACAUUUCAGCACGACAGAGUAUGUAAGUGUAAAUGUAAACCAAAUGAAAAGAUGUGCAAGGCAUGCGCUGCAUCUGAUGCAGUCAUGAAUGAAUUGAUAUUUGAAAUGGAUAAUUUACUAAACUACAUGACCAGACAUUGCACCGAAAUCCAAACAUAUUUUUAUAUGAAUCCAGCUGGUGGAAGGAAACUCAAAGAUGCUGUUCACAAACUAGAUGUAAGCCUUAGUAAUUACUUUAAAAGAUCCAAAGGCUAUUGUCAAGGAACACCUUGUACAUCAUUUUAUGUAAAAAAACAAUCAAAUUCCCAAUCAGGCAAUAAGAGUGGCUAUAUAGAAAAUCAUUUAGUCGAUGAUUUAGAAUCUUUAGAUUAUAGCUUAAACUCAGCUGCCAAACUGAAUAUGUGCGCCAAUGAGUCACUUAAGGGGCAUUUUGAAAAUUUAAUUAGGAGAGUAAGAAAUUGUAUUUACGACAAGAAAAUGAACAGAUAUGCAAAAAGCGCAACAAAUCCAACCGGAGGGUUAUAUACUUUGGACAAUAUUAAUGUCAAUAUUAUUUGCCGUCCUGACACUACAGCUGGUCUAACCAGACCACCAGACAUGAAUUAUAAAAAUUCAAUUGGAUACAUAGUAACUGAUCCAAUAUCAGGAAAUGAUUAUGACAACGAAGGUGUGGACGAUAUAAUCGAACAAGCAACUGAAAAAAUAGAUAUAGUAAUUAAUAAACAGAACCAAGAAAAAGAACGAAUUAAGAAAGAGGAAUUGCUACUAGACGUACUGCAAUACGAAAAGAGUAAAAUUUCUGAUGAAAUGGCGAAAGUUGUAUCUAAACACGACAUUACUUCUACUUCGGAAGAUGCAAUGGAUGAUAUUAACCGACAUUUUUUUAAUAGUAUGACACCAAUAAAACCACCUCCGAAAAAGAGGAUAAAAAGAACUCCUACUGACAUGAGAGAAUUGACUUCGGAGUUGACAAAUUUACCACCUUUAAAACCGGCCAGGAAUGAAUUAUACGCAAUGAAAUACGAUACCGUAAUUAUCGACUGCAACCACCGUACACAAAGUCGUAGUCCAAUUUUCGACAAGCAAAUUAUUUGGAAGACAGACAGAAAUAUGAUGUUAAAAUACGAUAAUGUUGUGGUGGAUGGACCUACGGUUACAAUCCAGAAUUUGCAGUCCAGAAAUACUGGAAACUAUUCUUGUAGUAUGGGCCCAUCUAUCCACAAGAUAGUGACGUUGUCCAUCAUCACUUUACCGGUUUUUGAUGUAAUUUUUAUCCCAAUGUACACUUCCAACAACAGCUGCACUUAUGACGAUCUAAAAGCCCUUCAACAUCUUGGUCCGUUGAUGUCGAGGCAAGCAUGCUUGUGUAGAGAGCACAAUUCUGUGGCUAUUGAUGAGACUUUUUGCUUGCAGGACAAGUGGGACGAUACCACCCAACUCAGAGCUACGGCAAUCCAGACAUCAUGCGUGAUACCUGACGUACGAUGCAGCCCAAAGUGCAGGCGAGACUUGCAAAGUUCAUUCGCCUUAUUGUGCGCUGCUAAUGCACCUGCUUUGGCUUCUGUACCAGUUCUAAUAUCGAGGAAUGGCGGAAACGUGAGCCUGACACCCUCAACGAGGAACCCUCGGUCUCUUAUCGUCACACACACAUUAAGGAAAAAAGACCAGGCACCCAACCACAAUUUCCACCAACUGGCGUCAAACAUGCACCCGGGCAAUAUCGACAUCGUCGUCUCCUGUCCGUCCGGGUUUUAUUUGUUGCCCAAUGAAAAGAUUUGUGUAUCCUGCCCAUCGGACACCUACUCCUUGGCCGGCGACAACACGUGCUACUCGUGCCCACCCGGCACGACGUCGGAGCCGGGCGCCGACCGAUGCCGAAUCUCGCUGCGCCGCAUGCGCAGGUACGAUUGGUGGUGGUACCCUCCAUGCGGCUACACUAUUGCAGCAUUGGGUGUUCUGUCUGCCUGUCUCAUUUGUGCUGUAUGCGCUCUUACGGCACAUAUGACAGGAUGCCGAACGCCCUCAGUCAGACAUACCAUGUUGCACGAUAUCGAGAGCCGAUGGACGAUGGCGGUUAAAAGAGGAUCGAAGAAACGCAGCAACUCGUCGCAAGCGCAAUCGAACAAGAGCCAUCCAUUGUCGCCAUCGGCUGUCAUCCUGGCCAAGUUCUUCAGGCGUUCGUCCUCUUCACGUGCUACUGUUGAAGAUUUUCAAGAAAAUAAGUUUGAGAAGUGGAAGAUGAAGAAUUUGGAAAAACUACCUCCACCACUUCCCCCCAUUGACUUCAACUUGAGCAACACAACUAUCAACGAAGAUUAGUGCCGAAGAUGGUCUUACAACUGCUUAGAACAAGUUGGCACAGCUUAUGCCUAGAGGCACCCCUCAACAAAGUCCAAAACCCACACAGCUACUUAACUUAAGCUGUCAAAAUGUAAAGCGCCAAUCAAGACAUCGGUAUUUAAACCGUCCAGUUGCAUUGAAAAUGGACACUAACUUGUGUUAGAGUUAGCACGGCAUUACCACAGUUCUUGACAAGUUAACAGACAGUAUCUGAAGUACAGAUGCCGAAAAUAAACGUGCUGUCAACAAAAUGAUUAUACCUUUAAUAUUACAAAUUAAGCACUACAUUUAAAUAGGUGAGUAUUUAGCGUUAAUAAACUACAAACUUAAAUGUCAACAAAUAUUCUCUGUUAGCUUGCCAAGAAAAAAUAUAGGAUUUUGACCUAAAAUACGCUUUCGUUCUGUUAAUUUUGAAAUUGUUUGUGCUUUCAGAAAUUAUAUAUGAGUUCCGUAGAUUCAAAUGGACUUUUUUUAAAAACAAUAGCUUUCGGUGAUUUGUUUAAUUUUUGCUAGUUAUCCAGAACAUUACGUUAUAACGUACGCAAAAGUAAGCUACUCAAGAUGGACAAAUUUCUUUUUAUAUGCAUAUACAUUUCUAUGGUGUUUGGGUAAUGCGCGAUAACAACAAAUUGCAAAAUUUUUUAUUCGUGUCCAAUAAAGUUAAGUCCAAAAAAUAAUAACACCAUUAAAACC